UUUUGCUAAAUUAGAAAAUAAAGAAAAUGAAGUGCAAAUAUUGUGAGGAAAAUGUAUUACUUGAUGAAGCCGCAAAUCACGCAUGUUUUAUUGGAAAACAAAUUUUUAUGGAUGAAGAAAACAAUUUAUUUGUACAAAGUGAUAAUGAACAACUUGCUACCUGCGAUGAAAGUGCAUCUAUAAAUGAAAAUUUAUCUACGGAAACAUGUAACACACAUGUAAAUAAACAACCUGCAGUCUGGGAUAAAAAUAGUACGUUAGCACUUCUCAGUCUUUAUGAAAUGAAAAUAGAAAUGCUCGAUCAUCCAAAAAGAAAAACUAAAAUAUGGGAAGCUAUCUCUACAGAUUUACAAGAAAAUUUUGGAAUACAGAUGACUACAGAUCAGGUUCGUUGGAAAAUGAACGCUUUAAUAAAAAAAUACAAGGAAUGCGUUGAUAAUAACUGUAAAUCAGGAAGAAGUCCAAUGACCUUUGAAUGGUACGAUCAACUAGAUGAGAUCUUUGGCCAACAAGGAAACGCUGCUGCAAGUCAUACUGUUUCAUCCAAUUUGGCUUAUUUAAAAAAGUCUUCAUCUUCAUCCGUACAAAAACGUGAUUCAAAUAAGUCUUCAACAAUAACUUCAAAAAAUGCUAACACUUUACUGACUUCAAAAAAUGCUAACACUUUAUUAACAAGAUGUUCCAAUGAAAAUGUACAAAUGACUACAUCCAGUGACAGUGAAAUACAAAGUCCUGCAUCAAAUAAAAGGAAACGUCCAUUGCACGGAACUGGAUCUAAUAUAGCAAAGACAAAAGUUGAAAUUGAAAACCAAUGGUUGGAAUAUAUAAAAACAAAAACUGAACGUGACAAACUCAACGAUGAAAAACAUGCAGCAACUUUUGAUUUAUAG